AUGGCUUGGCGCAAUCAAGGCAUCACUGGCUCCAACAAUAUCCCGCUGGGGAAGCGGCGCAUGGGGGCUGAUGACGAAGAGGAGGACUCGCGCACUGCGACCCCUUCGUUUGACGGCCCUAAGCGCGGUCGCAGCCCUGUUCGUGCGGAUCCUCCUCUGGCCGCUGAUGGCUCCAAGAGGCGCAAGAAGCGCAAUCGCUGGGGUGACCAGCAAGAGAACAAGGCUGCUGGCCUGAUGGGCCUGCCUACCAUGAUUAUGGCAAACUUCACUAGCGAGCAGCUGGAGGCCUACACGCUUCACCUUCGUAUUGAGGAGAUCAGCCAGAAGCUUCGGAUUAACGAUGUGGUCCCGGCUGAUGGUGACAGAUCUCCUUCGCCCCCUCCCCAGUACGACAACUUCGGUAGACGUGUAAACACUCGUGAAUACCGCUACCGCAAGCGACUCGAGGAUGAGCGUCACAAGCUGGUCGAGAAGGCCAUGAAGACCAUUCCUAACUACAACCCGCCCUCUGACUACAGACGCCCGACCAAGACCCAAGAGAAGGUCUACGUUCCAGUGAAUGACUAUCCAGAAAUUAACUUCAUUGGCUUACUCAUAGGACCUCGUGGAAACACCUUGAAGAAGAUGGAAACCGAGUCUGGUGCCAAAAUUGCCAUUCGAGGCAAAGGUUCCGUCAAGGAAGGAAAGGGCCGAUCUGAUGCUGCUCACGGUAGCAACCAGGAAGAAGAUCUACACUGCCUGAUCAUGGCCGAUACCGAAGAAAAGGUCAACAAGGCUAAGAAGCUUGUGCACAAUGUCAUUGAAACAGCUGCCUCCAUCCCCGAAGGCCAGAACGAGCUGAAACGCAACCAACUGCGUGAGCUUGCUGCUCUGAACGGUACUCUUCGAGACGACGAGAACCAGGCUUGCCAGAACUGUGGUCAAAUCGGACACCGCAAGUACGACUGCCCUGAGCAGCGUAACUUCACUGCCAACAUCAUUUGUCGUGUUUGUGGCAACGCAGGCCACAUGGCUCGUGAUUGUCCUGACCGCCAGCGCGGCAGUGACUGGCGCAACGGCCCUGGCACGGACAGACGUGGCGCUCCCCGUGUCGGUGGCACUGGCGAUGCUGUGGACCGUGAGAUGGAGCAACUCAUGAACGAACUCUCUGGUGGUGCAGGUGGUGGCGAGUUCCAGCCUCGUCGCAUUGAAGCUGGUCCCGAACAGGGUGGCUACCCUGACGAUCGCGAUGCGAAGCCCUGGCAGCAGCGUGGACCCCCCGCCCAGAGUGAUGUGGCUCCCUGGCAACAAAGAGGCCGCGACAGCCGCCGCGACGAUUACGGCGGAUCCCGUGGCGACUAUGGCUCUCGCGACGAUUAUGGAGGUCAGAGCCAGGGUGCCCCUGCACCUUGGGCACAGAACCGCGACUAUGGGUACCAAGCUCAGGGUGGAUAUGCUGCUCCUGGUACUGCUCCCGCGGCGGCCAACCCUUGGCAGCAGCCGGCGCCUCCUGGAGGCCAGCCUGCCUACGGAUACGGCGGAUACGGUUCUUAUCCCGCUGCUCCUCCUGGUAUGGGAGCUCCUGGUGCUGCUGCCCCUGGUAUGAGCGCUCCCCCACCUCCUCCUGGAAUGGCUCCCAUGUACUAUGGAGCUGCUGGCAGCCCUCCACCCCCGCCGCCUCCUGGUGACGCUCCACCACCUCCUCCGCCCAGUGACCAGCCUCCCCCACCUCCUCCCCCCGCUUGA